CAGUGUAGUAUAACUAAUGAAUAUUUUUUUAUCAUGGAUGAAUCUGCCAAUUAUUUUCUAGUUUAAUCUAUUGAUUAUUUAGCUUGUAAAAGCCACUUACCCCAAGUCCAAAGUGACAUCUUCAAUCACAAUGCUUGUUUUGUUCAGCCAAAAUUCCAAACCUCAACAUGAUAUAUAUAUAAAAAAGAACCACAUUUUGAAAAAAUGAAAAAUGGUUAUCAAAGCAGUUCCAAACUGAUUCAGUCAACAAAUUUUUUCAGCUCUAUUUGUCAUCAUGGGCUUCAUGGUUUGUAAAUGCAACAGUCUUAGUGUGGGAACUAACUAAUACCUGUCAGAUCAAAUGCUGUAACUGCUAAUUCAGCAGUGAAAGAGCUGGGAAUUGUAGUUUUCUUCAAACAUUACUGAGACAGCAGGAAACUGUGCUUUUGUUGUAGACUUUUUAGUGCUACAUUUGAUGCUCUGUGAGUAUGUGAGGCAGCAGGACACACUGUAUGUGGGGUGGUGUGUGUGUGUAACAAUUUAAUAUCAGUGCAAAAGUGUGACUCACUGAUGUGUUUCACGGAUAGCCAAACUUUAUACAAGGUUAUACCAUGCGUUAAGUCUGCAGCCUUACAUGUUAAUGAGCAGUCUUUGGCAUUGAUGUCCUGUCUGUAGCCCAAAAGUUAAGUGGUUAAACAGUCCAUUGGAGAUGUCGCUCUAAAGAAUUAAAGAGAUAAAGGCACAAACAUAGUGCUCUGCUUUGUGGGAGUUCUUGUCAUGGUUUCACAUUGUCUGAAGAGUCUUGUGGAAGAAAUUUCUGAAGUGUUUGCUUCAGCCUCAGCUGCCACCAUCAGCCCUUCCGUCUGCAUUUUAACCAAUAGCUUAUAAGGAAGGACCACUUCUGCUGGUCCAUCAGACACACACACACACACAGCUAACCCAGCAUUUAUAAAGAGCACAGAGCUGUGGUAUUUUCAUUCAUCUUUCUUCUCAAAUACUAGCCACGGCCAGGAUUCAGCUGCAGCCAGGAUGGGAGAGAAAAAGAUGUCAUUAUGCCGGAAAAAUCAUCUCAAGAUCAAUGACUUGAAGUUGAUGGUUCAGGAUCUCAAUGGAAAGUUUAAGAAACCAGCUCUGAGGAAGGUGCGGAUGUCAGCUGAUGCCAUGCUGGCCGCUCUGCUGGGCUCCAAACAUAAAGUGUCCUUGGACCUGAGAGCCAACUUGAAACAGGUCAAGAAGGAGGUGAAAGAAGAGGACAAACAAACCGGCGACUGGAGGAAGAUCAUCAAAGACAAGGCCAGGAUGGACAGCAGGAAGAAGAUGUUUGAGACAGAGGCUUAAACAACAGCAUGUUGUUUUGCUGUUUACCAGCAUCUAUCAUUUCUGUGUAUUAUGUGAGUCCAUGCUGUUGGUGAAAUGAUAGACUAAAUUAAUCAUGUGGUGUUCUUCUGUGCUUCAUGGUGGUAAUUGAAUAAAUAAUGAAACAGAAGGUGAUUGUGACUGCUUCACAUGGGUAAUUCAAGAUUAAACUGGUACUGUA